AUGGAAGAAGGAACUAGCGGUAGCGGUGGCGCCGCCUACGAUCUGCCAUCGAACACCCCGGCGGCCGCCGUGUCGCGGUGGAGUUUUGCCGCGUCCACGCAUUACCAACACCUCCUCGACAAGUCAACUCCGCACGUGCUUCGCCGUUGGAUCGCGUUCUUUGUCAUCGCUAUCAUCUACAUCGUUCGCGUUUACUUGGUGGAAGGGUUCUACGUCGUCUCAUAUGCUCUCGGUAUCUACAUCCUCAACCUCCUCAUUGGGUUUCUCUCUCCUCAGGUUGAUCCGGAGUUUCAGUACAUCUCCGAUGAUGGCCCCACCCUCCCCACCCGUGGUUCCGACGAGUUUCGCCCGUUUGUUCGCCGGCUUCCCGAAUUUAAGUUCUGGCUGUAUGAUUGCCAGUUUUUUUGCUGUUUAUGCGAGAUUGAACUUGACUUUUUUCUAUGGCAAAGGUACUCGAUCACAAAAGCUUUCUGCAUUGCUUUCGUGAUGACAUUCUUCAGCGUGUUUGAUGUGCCCGUGUUUUGGCCAAUUCUUCUUUUCUACUGGCUGUUACUGUUCAUGCUUACUAUGAGGAAACAGAUAUUACACAUGAUGAAAUACAAAUAUGUUCCUUUUUCCUUUGGAAAACAGCGGUACAACAAAAAGACAGAACCUUCAGCUGACAAUGAAGACCUCCUUCCUAUGUUCUCAUGUUCUGCUCUCAAUGAAGAUGUGUUGGUAGCGGAAAUUCUCCUCAGAAUGGAUUCCUGCAAUCCAAUGAUUGUUCUUUUCUUUGAAUUUUCUCCAGUGAAGCUUCCACCGUCCCAUUGGAAUUUUCAGCUUGGAGGUGGCAAGAAUGUUGCUAACAUUCUUUCUUUCUUUUUUUGUAUAGAAGCAAGACGCUAUGCAUGCACACUGAUGAAAUUUGAUCCAACUUUGCAGACAUUUUGUACUAUUAGGCUAUUAGGGAGUGCUAGACAAGUUGCUUCUUUUAAUAGCAGGACACCUUAAAUAAUUUUUCCUUUUUC